GAGUGUCCAUUGGUUUUUAUCAAGGCUUGCCCCCUCCCUCCCACUGGCCUGCUUCGCCCAGCCCAUAUUCUCUACGUCUCUGUCCGUUCACCGCCUGACGUUCAAGUUCGCAGGAACGUCACGUCCGCACUUGAACUUGCAGCUCAGGGGGGGCUUCGCCGUAUACCCCCAUCACUCUGCCUCUCUCCCUCUUUGGGGGAAAAGUCAUGAAGAGCUCCACACAGCCCGUCGCGCGUUAACGCAUCCCUCUCCCGUCUGAUCCGCGGCUCCGCUUCUGCUUUUUUUUGUUGUUGUCCCUCUUCUCCCUACACCCGGAUGACAGACGCAUCAAUGAAGAUUUUUUUAUUUGGAGUGUACCUCGUAGGAACGGAUUUCCCAAUGUGAACUCAGCUGAAAAGCCCUCGCCGAACCCGACCAUGUCUCGCCGCAAGCAAGGCAAACCCCUGCACUUGAGCAAACGGGAGUUUUCGCCUGAGCCACCCUCAGGGGUUUUAGCCGAAGAAGACUCUCAGGACUCCCCCAGGCUGGGUGUGGCUCAGGACGAGCCCCUCAAAGGGGACCCGGACCUGCUCACCUGCGGCCAGUGCCACACCCGCUUCCCCCUGGCCGACAUCCUGCUGUUCAUCGAGCACAAACGGAGGCAGUGCCACGGCAGCCUCUGCUCAGACAAGCCUCUGGACAGGCCGCCGUCCUCGCCGCUCGCCUCGCCCCUCUCCACGUCCUCGUCUCACUCCCGAAGCCAACAGCAGCACCCGCAGAGGGCGCGCCACCCGGUGGAGGUGGCCGUACAGGUGUCACCCCUGGACGAGGAUUGUUUAUCUGCGCCCUUGCAAGGAAUAAUCCCCAAGCAGGAGAAUGUCACAGAUAAAGAUGAGCCCAGCACUUACACCUGCACCACAUGCAAACAGCCCUUCACCAGUGCCUGGUUCCUGCUCCAGCAUGCCCAGAACACUCACGGCUUCCGCAUCUAUCUGGAGAGCGAACCUGGCAGCCCUCUGACCCCACGUGUGGCUGCCGCUCCUGGGAUGGGGGGGGACUGUGCCUCCUCCCAGCCACCCCUCCACGCGGUCCACUUGGCUGACGGCAGCCCUUACAGCCUCUUGAGGAUGCCGGGUUCGGGCUCCGGCCGGGACUCGGCAUCCACACCACGCGAGGGCCGUUACCCCCGAACCCCCCCGUUGUUCAGCCCACCGCCGCGCCACCAUCUGAGCCCGGAUGAUCUCGCCCUGGCAACCCACCAUCCGAGCGCCUUCGACAGAGUGAUGAGGCUGAACUCAGUGCCAUUAGAACCCCCUCAGACCAUGGACUUCUCUAGACGUCUGAGGGAGCUUGCCGGGAAUGCCACUGGAGGUUCUCCGCCUCUCUCCCCUAACAGACCAAACCCUAUGCAACGGCUGCUGCAGCCAUUCCAGCCAGGUUCCAAGCCUCCAUUUACAGCCACACCUCCCCUCUCCACCUCUCAGUCCCCGUCUGGUUCACGCUCGACCCCUAAUCCGGUAUCGAAUGCGGUCCAGCCGGGCACUCCUCUCAAGGCAAAGUCUUGCGAGUUCUGCGGGAAGACCUUCAAGUUCCAGAGUAACCUUAUCGUGCACCGGCGAAGUCACACGGGGGAAAAGCCAUUCAAAUGUCACCUCUGCAACCAUGCCUGCACACAGGCCAGCAAGCUAAAGCGUCACAUGAAGACACACUGUCAGAACAAGUCAUUGGCGCUUAACGCCAAGUCGGAUGACGGCCUCUCGACAGCCAGCUCGCCUGAACCUGGUACCAGUGACGUUGUGGGCAGUGCCACGGAUGCUCUCAAGUCGGUGGUAGCCAAGUUCAAGAUUGAGAACAAUGGAAUUAUGGCUGAAAACGAAGAUGAAGAGGAGGACGAAGACGAAGAAGAGGAGGAGGAAGAGGAGGAAGAAGAAGAGGAGGAGGAAGAAGAGGAAGAAGGAGAGGAGGAGGAAAUUGACCGGAAGCCCAGAGUUGAAGAGGGGGGAAGGAAUAACUACCGGUUCAGCCUGCGGCUGGAAGGAGCCCGCCACCACCAGAACAGUGAUGCUCUACAUCCGCAUCGCCGGAGUUUGACUCGAGAGCAUGGCAAUGAUAACUCGACUGUUGAAUUAGACCAUGUAGAUGAUGCAUCCACCACUACCAUCAAUGGGCUGGGACCGCUAUCCAAUGACAGCAUCUCUAGAAAGCUGCUGGGUGGGGGGAUCAGUCCUGGCUCGCUCAGCCCUCUAUCUAAACGCAUCAAGGUGGAAAAGGACCUCGAUCCCCCUACCCCUACCAUCCCAAACACAGAGAAUGUCUAUUCUCAGUGGCUAGCCGGCUACGCUGCCUCACGGCAACUCAAGGACCCCUUCAUUAACUUCACAGGCGGGGACUCCAGACAAUCACCCUUUACUUCCUCAUCCGAUCACUCAUCAGAAAACGGCAGCUUGCGCUUCUCCACUCCGCCUGGCGAGCUCGACGGGGAACGCGCCCCAUCGGGACGCAGCGGCACCGGCAGCGGGGCCAGCACUCCGCACGGAAACGGCCGGCCCAGCUCCAAGGACGGCCGCCGCAGCGACACCUGCGAGUUUUGCGGCAAGGUGUUCAAGAACUGCAGCAACCUGACGGUGCACCGCCGCAGCCACACCGGAGAGCGGCCGUACAAGUGCGAGCUGUGCAGCUACGCGUGCGCCCAGAGCUCGAAACUCACCCGCCACAUGAAGACCCACGGACAGAUGGGCAAGGACGUGUACAAAUGUGAAAUUUGCCACAUGCCUUUCAGUGUGUACAGCACUCUAGAGAAACACAUGAAGAAGUGGCACAGCGACCGCCCUCUGGCUAAUGACAUUAAAACUGAAUAGGCAAAGAGCAGUUCUCUCUCACCCCCCCCUACCCCUACCCCCCCCAACAGCUAAAAAGCAACCCUGGCUAUGUAGCCAAUAAGCAGCGGGGAACAGACAACAGGGUUAGACACCAGAAUGCCGUGCAGCCCUGCUCUCCAUCCCCUAUCUGGAGAAAACUUGAUGCAUGAUCCAGAACCGGGGCAAUACUAUUACAUCAGAACUUUUUGAGCCUUUCUAUUGUGCAAUAAUUUACACAUUUUGUAUUUUUUGUAACUGGACAGCAUGCUUGGUGUGUUUUGGCUACUUAAAGAGAAUUUUUUUCUUUUUUUCCUUGGCUGGAGGAUUUUGGUUGUACAUGUGUUGCCGUUGAUAAUUUAGAUUUUUCUCAGCGUGAACAGAAAAAAAAACAAAAAAACAACCCACAACAGUUAGUUAUAACCCAAGCUGCAUACAGUACAUACUGUUUUACAUAUCAUGUACAGUUUUGUGUUGAAACACAGCAGACAGUGUCAUAUUGUCAAAACAUCAAGACAAGCAGGGUCAAACAUUAAACCAAUCUUUGUGAAAGAUUUUCCAUGCAACAUUGAGAUGAGAUAUAUAUCCAUAUAUAUAUAUAUAAAAUUGGGCCGCCUGUGAAAUGCUAGGCACUAGCGCCAUUAAAUAUUUCUUUUACAAACAUCAAUGAAACAAAACUAAAUAUGUGGUGUGACAUGAUGACAAAGAGUGCCUUGGAUAAUUUACCUGCAUUAGUUAAUCCUCCUUUUUGCUAUAAGCUCGGAGUUUCAGCUAUAAAUAAUUACAGGACAUGGGAAAUAUGCAGGUCCUUGCAUCAAGCACCUGCCCAACCUGGUUGUUUUUGUUUUCUGUUUUUUUUUUUUUGGACUUUGGAGAUGGAGAACCAGCUGAAACAAACCUAGAAAAAAAAAGAGAUUUUAUGUAUCUCUGGUAAAUCAUUUGACUGCCUGACUCAUGCAUAUUAAUGCGAUCAUGAUUACAAUUCUGUUUACUGGCAUGUUACAUGCUUAAAAGGGGUCGGAGGUUUUCGGUUUUGGUGUUUGUGUUUGGUACAACUGAAAAAAAAAAAAGGUACUCUGCUAAGUUGUUUUAACCAACAUGAAGCUCUUAAAGGUUUCAGAGUAUUUAUUUUCUUUGAAAAUUAAAAGUGCAGGUGUUAUUUUGUGAGUAGCAUUCAUAUCUUUUCUUUCUGUAUUAACCGUUCAAGCUGUAAUUUCAGCAGUCACUCGAAAAAAAAAAAAUUAAAUGUGGGAUUAAGUUGUUGCAACUCAAACAGAUUAUAGGGGAGGUGUUUGGUGGGCGGGUUAGCAGCAUGAGGGUGUGCGAGCGGUAGAGAUGCACCAAUCAGGCUUUUCAUGACCGGUACCAGUUUCUGGUUUCUCUUUGAGGCCUGACGUGCUUGUUCCGAUUUUGAUAAAUUCACCUCUUUUAUUUUCGACGUACUAUAGCCCAUAAAAGAAAAAACGAUUCUUUGACUGAGGUAUUGGUUUUGAAUUUGACCAAAAAAAAAAAACAUCAAAUCAUGUGACCAUAUUUUUUUUUUUAUCUCAUGUAUUUUAUUGAACUCAAAUUUUUUUUUUAUCAAAAUUGUGCUUUUAAGUAAUGUAUCCAUGUAAUGAAUAGGCAGAAAGAAUUAUAAUUUUUUGUCAUUUUAGUAAAAAUUGGCAUAUUCUUUUCUCUGGCCAACUGAUUGGUGCAUCUCCAUUGAUUGGGUUUAACUAGCGUCCAACAGGUUUAGCAAGAUGGCGACUGGUAGAGAUGCACCAAUAAGACUUUUCCCAUAGAGUACUGAUUUCAUUUUUUUAAAUUAUUUCUGACUCUUCAGUUCAGAACUCCAGUUGUGACCGACAAUAACAGCUAAAAGAAAUAAAAAGGUUAUACUGCAGGUUCUUUGAUGGAGGUAGUGGUUUUGAAUUAAAAGAAAAAUUAACCCAUUAUCCCAAUUUACUUGUCUGCAACCUAAAUCAGAUUUUUAUUACACUAAAAUGAAGUGCACCUAAGUCCAUGAUGUUGGCUGAUAUAUUAGUAUAUCAAAAUGGUGCAGACAUUAAGCAACUAUUAUCAACUAUUAUCAUUCUGGUCUCUGCCUGAUGAAUUGGUGUAUCUCUCUUUGAUUGAGGUUAACAAGUGUCUCUACAGUUGAAAAUGCUCAGAGUGAAAACACUUUUUUACAUUAUAUUUUGAAAACACUGAAGAAAUCUGAAGCCUUUUGCAUGGCAAACUAUCUAAAAAAGGAAAUAAUUCAAAUUUUAAUCAGAAAACCCUAUACAUACAAGUUUUAUUACUAAAAAGGUCAAGUUUUUAACAUAUUUCCUAGACCUUCUAACGGUCACUGUUUUUUUUCUAUUUUUUUUUAUCUCCACCCUUGUCAAUGAUGAUGAUAAUAUAGCACUUGUCACUCUGCCUUGGAUUCUGUAUCUGUCUCUCUAAUCGGAGGUACAGUCGGUUGAGUAUAAAAUGAGGACCAGAUUCCAGAUCUGGCGCUACCUACAUGCACUGUUCAAUUUUCCCAGUUUACAGUUGGGCGCUCAAGGGAAAACUUGCUCUUAUGCUGACAGAUUAGCAUGGUGUCAUUGCUUAGCAUUAAAACCGAAAAAGAAAAAAAAAAAAAAACAAGAAGAAAGAAAAAAAAAAUAUAUUGAUCUACAGACUUUGCCAGCCAUGUUUCCUUCUGAGAGCUAAACAGGGGUUUUGCUCUAGGAAGUAUAAAAUGCAGGAAUUGCCAUACAAACAUUAGGCAUAACACAGCUCACCGUAGUUAAAUCUGAUUUUAAAAAGAAAUAAAAUCUGUUUUAAGUAACUCUGCGUUAGAUUUUAGGGGAGAUCCUUAUUUAAAAUUUGUUUUUAUCGUUUUUUUUAUGUUUCUCUAAUCCGUCGUGGUUCCAUCCAGGACUUGAUCACUAUGUAAUGAACUGUGUAAAAAAGAAAAAGAAAAAAAUGAACACGUCUCUCAUCUUUUUGCCUUUGCUAUAAAAUGCAAGUCUUCAGGUUGAACAAAAAUUUGCAUUGAGGAGAGAUUUAUGAUAUAUAAAUAUAUAGAGAGAACCUAAAACACAUAGGAAAAUGCACACUCAUGUAAGUUCCUAUGUUCAAAACACAUCUAUGGUCUACUUUUUUCCUGUAUUUAGAAUGGUAUUUGAAAUUAAUGUUCACUUAGCGUAGGCACUUAUAGUAUUUAUGUUGGAGCCUGUAUUUUUAACUGUUUUGCCUGUACUCUUUAAAGGUUUCAAUGUACUCUUUUUUUCUGUAGUGAAAAAAAAAAAAUCCCAACAAGCUGCCACCGUAUAUUUUCUUAAUUUGGCAGGAUAAUAUUGUGUGAAUAAUUUGUAUGCUCGGGAAAAAAAGAAUGUUUUUUUUUUUUUUUUUUUUUUUUGGGAAAAAUAAAAAGCUGUGGUGUUCCCCAAAGGACGAGAGGCCAUAUGAUGGCCUAUUCAGGCAGUCCCGUUGGGGGGAGGUGACCACACUGAGGUUAAAACAGGUGGUUGUACAUAUCUUUUUAGUUGGUUUAUAUAUUUUUUUUCUCUCCUGCCAUUUUAUAUGCAGUAAUACAAGCUAUUGUUGGGUUUUUCUUGGUAGCCAACCUUUUCCAGUCUUUGAUCAUUUACCACCUGAAAACAUUCCAGCUGUUGUUUAAAGACAAAAAAAAAAACAUUUUAUCAUAUGCAAUCAGUCCAAUAUCAACCAGAAAAAAAAGUUUUUAUGUUGUUUUUUUAUUUCUAGACAAAAUAAACCACGGUGCUUUUUGAUUUUGAGAUGGUACAACUCAUAUGCAAGGAGUAAAAAUCACAAACAGAAACGUGGGUACAUGCUGUCAUGCCGGUGGUAUUGGGGUACAUUUAAGAUCUAAUCCUGUGUUCUGUAUUUGCUUUCAAGCUGUUUGCUCUGAACUGAACUUGAAGUUGGCCCCUGGCAUAGGCCGACAUUAUUUAUUAUGACUACACACACACACACCCGCACGCACGCACACAAAUACACACACAGACACACACAUACACACCUGCUCUGUUCAGAACAGAGUCACCGCAAACACAUCAGUUCAGUUCUUCUCCCUCUUUGAUGAAUCGUGACGGCCUAAUUUCUCUGUUUCAUGACCAAAGGUCAUUGACCAACACCUAUGAGUUUUUGCUCGACUUACACCUUUUUUUUUCUUGUUGUUUUCAGUCUAUGGAAAUGCCACUCUAUUUUCAGCUGUUUUCUUCACUCAGCCAUUUUGUCUUGAUAAUAAUAAUAAUAAAAUGUAUUAUAUACAAAUCUGAA